AUGAAGACCCGAAAAUUGUGCAUAAAUGAGUGCAUCCCCUAUGUGCAAAAGUACGAGUGGGGGGAGGGUAAAGACGGGAUGGUUUACGACGUGAUGAAGAAUAUACUGAAGGAGAAUUACGAUUUGGUGAAAAAGGACAUCCAUAAGGUGGAAUACAUAAAGGAGUACAUGCCGAAUCCUGAAGAGGAGAAGAGGAAGAAAAAAGAGGAAGAAAAGAGGAGGAAGAAAGAGGAGCAGCUGAAGAAGAAGAAAGAGCAGGAGGAGAAGAAAAGGAAGAAAGAGGAGGAAAAAAGAAAGAAGAAAGAGGAGCAGAAGAGAAAGAAGAAAGGGGAGGCGUCUGCAGCGCCGGACCAAGUGAUCACCGGGGUGGACAUUGCCCCCGAGAAUGUCUCACCAGAGGAUAAGAGCAAGGAAAGCGAACAAAACAGCAGCAACGGUAAAGAUGACGUCAAAACAAAUGAUGAAGCGGAGCCAAAGUAUGCAGAGCUCUGGAUUGGAAACCACGAAAAGGGUCCCAACUUAGUACUGUACAAAAAUAAUUUUAUAAAAAUCGAAAAAUUUCUACAAAUAUAUGAAGCGAAGGAAAAAAAAAAAGGGAAAAUUUCAAAAUAUUUUUCCAAAAAAAAUGAAAACGCGAAGGAUAAGGAUAAGAAUAAGGGUAAGGAUAAGGAUAAGAAUAAAAAGAACUCAACCAAGUCGGAAGAUGUUAAUGCCAUUCGGGACAAGGAAGCUGAUGGGAAGAGACACUCAGACACUGAAAUUUCCUCAUUGAAUAAUUAUUCCUUGUACGAAAAGUACGAUAUUGUAAAGGAAGACAUUGAUAAGAACACGCUCUUUCCCUAUUUGUUUAAGUUGCUGUCCAUUUCGAAGCCCCUGAGCAUACAGAUUCACCCAAACGAAGUGCAGACCCUGUAUCUGAAUACACUGAAUCCAAAUCUUUACAAGGACAAAGUAUUCAAAACGGAAAUGUGCGUCUGUAUUAAUUCCAUGAGUUUACUGUGCGGUUUUAUGAAUAUUUUUAAAAUUGCCUUUUUAGUGACCAGAGUGCGGGAGUUGCACGAUUUUUUCCUGAAGCGGGAGAAUCCACGUGGAGGUAGCAGCGAAACUGGCAGUGGUGGUAGCUGCAAUGAGGAACCUGUGCAGGGCAGCCCCUCGGUUGAACAGUCAAAAGAUAUCUUUCAUCUGUUCGACCUGUUCCACACGCAGAAGAAUGAGCACGUGGAGGAGCUCAUGAGGAUGUUGGCGCGUAUUUACAUCUACAUAAUUAACUACUCCCUGAAGAGGGGAAGCACGCAGACCUACGACGUCCUCUCGGUGGUCGACAACUACGCGGAAUGCAUCCAGAAGUACGUGUUCGAUGAAGGGUUCUUUGCGGGGUUCUACAGAAAUAAGAAAUUUUUGGAGCAGAAUAUAAACCUGGGAAAUUUGAUAAAGGUGGAGAAGGAGAAGCUGCAAAACAGCGGUGAUGGUAGGGGGGUUUCAUCGGAUGAUGAGGAGGAAGACGAAGUACUGGAGGAGCAACUAGAAGUGGAUGUCAAAGGGGGGGUAGAAGUGGGCAGUAAAGCGCAGUUACAGGGGGAGAGCAUGGUUUCAGUUUCGACUUCGUGUGAAGACCCCGAGGCGAAGCGCACCAACCGACAGGCGAAGAAGAAAAACAAGGGAGUGCCAUUGAAUGCGGAAGGGGGAGCAGAGGUUAAGGGUAAGGUUGAGAUGAAUGGUGAUAUUAAGCGUGAGGUUAACGAUGUUGUUAAGGUGGAUGGUGCGGUUCGCUCAGACAAGAAGCAGGAUUUACAGUGCGCUUCGCAGCCUACGAGCAGAAAGAAAAUCCAAUCCUUUUAUGAGCACGUUUUCAAGUACCUAACGUAUCGAACGAUGUUAGUGGAAGGGGAUUUGUUGAACAAGUGUCUUAAUGACAUCGAAGCGAAGAAUGAAAAAUAUAAGUCCUAUUUGAAGGAAAAGGAAUUGUUGAAAAAAAGCCCAGAAGAAAUUUAUGCGGAUGUGUGUAAGAAAAAAAAUUACAAAGAUGUUCAGGCAGAAACGGAGAAUUUUAUUAUAAGUAAUAUUUUUGAUAUUUUCUAUAACAUAUCAAAGUUCUAUCCAAAUGAUGGGGGAAGAAUUUUUAUAUUUAUUUUACAACAACUGAAUUUGAAGGAUGGAGAUGUGGUGUAUAUAAAACCAGGAGUUAUUCAUUCGUACAUUUCUGGGCACUGUCUGGAAUGCAUGACUAACUCUGAUCUGGUCAUCCGAGGAGGACUCACCAACAAGGAGGUAGACAAAUUGAACUUUAUCAAAUAUGUGAAUUAUAAGAGAAACUUUCCCAUUAUUCUAGAGAAGGAAUUCAUUAACUAUAAUAUUAUAUCUUAUAGUUACUACAAGCUGAAGCAUUUUCGAAUUUUAUUUUUGACGGUUCGACCAGGGGAGAGUGUCACCUUUUUAUUUUCUGAAGUGAGUUUUACGUCAUGCAUCGUUUUGUCUAGCAAUCGGACUGUUAAAAUUAAGGGCAGGAAGAAUGAGAAGAAAAAGGCCAGCAUUAAGGGCGUGAAGAAGGGCUCUGUUUUUUUUAUUGCACCCAGCAUUCACGUCACCUUGGCGAACUUUUACAAGUCGGAGGCCGACGGGGAUAAGGAGCUCGUCCUGUACUGUGCCACGUCGUGA